GUACAGAAGUCUUCUGGAUUCAAAAAUCUUUCCAAAAUCACAUCAGGUGCUAUUGGCCGGGCCAGGCUCAACAGUGACGUCACCAUGACGGAGGGAGGGACCAGUGUGACGUAAUGUUUCCCGUCAGACUGCCUGGGGCGUUACCGCCUCAAGUGCAGGCGAACCAGCGUGCCGUCCAGGCACAACGGGCGGGGGCCGGGGCCGGGGCCUUGCACGGGGCCCCACCGGGGGCUACGCCGGGCCCCUCGGGCGCCCCCAAGCCCCAAGUGAAAGUGCAAGUGAAGCCGUUCACCCGGGAGAGCCUGGACAAGCAUGAGAGUAAGACGAUUCAGCUGGUGCGAGACUAUGGGUUCCAGCCGCGUCGCAAACUCAGCGUGGAGGACGGGAGUGUACUUCCGGGCAAGUUCGAGCCGUUCCCGACCAGACUGUACGGCCGUCCUCUGGAGGAGAUCGACAACUUCAUCUAUGACGAGACGUUUUGCGUGGUCUCCAAACGGUUCCGCAAGAACUACAUCCACCGGUUCACCGCCACUAACGCAUUCUUCCUGUUCUCCCCCUGGAACACGAUCAGAAGGACUUGCAUCUUCCUGUCUACGAACCAAUACUUCGACUACGUCGUCAUGGCGACCAUCCUGCUCAACUGUGUCUUCCUUGCCAAGACCGAUCCUGUCGAGGAAGCUGAAUACAUUUUCCUGGCCAUCUACACCGCCGAGAUGAUAAUCAAGUCCAUCGCCAAGGGGUUCAUCCUCAACAAGUACACUUACCUGCGCAACCCCUGGAAUUGGCUGGACUUUGUGGUGAUCACCUCGGGCUACGCCACCAUCGGGAUGGACGUCGGCAACCUGGCGGGGUUGAGGACCUUCCGAGUCCUUCGGGCUCUGAAGACCGUCUCCAUCAUGCCAGGUCUGAAGACUAUCAUCAACGCGCUGCUCCACUCGUUCCGACAGCUCGCUGAGGUCAUGACCUUGACCAUCUUUUGCCUGAUGGUGUUCGCGCUGUUCGCUCUUCAGGUGUACAUGGGCGAGCUUCGCAACAAGUGUGUUCUAUCACCAGACAGGAACACCACGCAUGAGGCUUGGAGGGAGUGGGUGACGGAUGAAGAGAACUGGUUGCUAGACGAUGAGUUGGGAGAACCGGUUAUCUGUGGGAAUGUUACAGGAGCAAGACAUUGUCCGUUCAACUACACCUGCAUACGAGUGGGGGAGAACCCGAACCACGGGUAUACCAACUUUGAUAACUUCCUGUGGUCCAUGCUCACCACCUUCCAGCUGAUCACGCUGGACUAUUGGGAGAAUGUUUACAACAUGGUCCUGGCGUCAUGUGGACCGCUUAGUGUCGUAUUUUUCACUGUUGUUGUUUUCUUUGGUUCUUUUUAUUUGAUAAAUUUAAUGUUGGCUGUGGUAGCUUUAAGUUACGAAGAGGAAGCAGAAAUAACGCAAGAGGAAAGAAGGAAAGACUUGACGGACCACCGGGACGACUCGACGUUCAGCUUCGACCCGAGCAACAUCCCCGUCAAGACUCUGGAGAAGAGCAACAGAAAGCGGAUAGACUCUAGAAAGGGGGUGCUACUGUCCUCGUACACUCGAAAGAAGACUCGUCGACGGAAGAGGCGAGGAGCUGUGUCGGGCAACGGAAACGAGCACUCAGCUGCGGGCAGCCGCAGUGUGUCUCCGAGUCCGAGACACAGCUUUGCGGAACCGGUCGCCUCACCUCCGCCCCCGCCACCUCUGCCGCCUCCGGUCGUCCCGAACCCCGAUACUCUGCAUCCGGGGCGCAUCAACAGAGGACAGCUGAGCAGUCGUCAGGGCAGCAGCAACAACAGCGACGGCAACAACCGAGAGUCUUCCUUGGACGAUUCAGGAGUUGUGGACGAUCACGAGGAGGCUGACGGAACAUCGGAGGACCAGACCAACCUACCUCUCCAGAAAGUCGAGUCACUGAAGAGUCACGGAAGGGAGAAGGAGGUGAAGGUGAUCAAAUGUAACGGAGUCAGUCCUCUCCAUCUGCAAAAACCUCCUGUGUACACGUUGCCUUCAGCAGACUAUAUGUCUCAAGUUGUAGUAUUAGAUGACUUAGUAGACCGUAACUGUGAUAAGUGUGUGGAGUGCUGCGUGGACUACGAGGGAUGGCUCAGGUUCCAGAACUGUCUGUACAAGGUGGUGCGAGAUCCUCUGUUUGAGCUGUUGAUCACUCUCUGUAUCAUCCUGAACACCAUGUUCUUGGCGACGGAACACCACGGCAUGAGUGAGAACAUCAGGAACAUGCUGGACGUCGGCAACAAGGUGUUCACCUCCAUCUUCACUCUGGAGUGUACGCUCAAGCUUAUGGCCUUGAGUAAAGAGUUCUUUGCUUGUGGUUGGAAUAUUUUCGACCUCAUCAUCGUCACCGCUAGUUUGCUGGAUCUCUCUUUCGAACUAGUGGAUGGACUCUCGGUGCUGCGAGGACUCAGGCUGUUAAGGGUGCUGAAGCUUGCACAGUCCUGGACUACUAUGAAGGUUUUGUUGAGUAUUAUCAUCUCUACCAUCGGAGCCCUGGGAAACCUCACGUUCGUCUUGGUUAUUGUUAUUUAUAUUUUUGCUGUGAUCGGAAUGCAGUUAUUCUCCAAGGACUACACGGCCGAGAGGUUCGCUCCUGAUCCUGUCCCUAGAUGGAAUUUCUCUGACUUCUUUCAUUCCUUUAUGAUGAUUUUUCGGAUAUUGUGCGGAGAAUGGAUUGAACCACUGUGGGAUUGUAUGAGGGCUGAGAAAAUUGAGGGUCCAGGGACUUGUUUUGCGAUAUUCCUGCCAGCUCUAGUCAUGGGAAACUUCAUGGUCCUGAACUUGUUCUUGGCUUUGCUGCUUAACAGUUUUAACUCAGAAGAACUAAAAUCUAAGAAGGAGGAGGUUGGAGAGGAUUCCAAAAUCGCUCGAAGUUUCGAAAGAAUCAAGUCAAUAAUUGCGAAAAACAAAAGAAAGAGAAAAGAAGCAAUAGAAAAGAAUGAGAAUGAAAAGAACUUCAGAUUGGAAGAACUAGUGAGGGAAGUUGUGUCUCAGAAGAAAGAGUGUGGUAUUCAAGAGACAUCUAUCAGCAACUCGCCGAGAGAUAGUGUGAGGUACAUGGAUGACCGAGCCUACUGUCGGACUAUACAACAGGUGAUGGAAGGGAAGACUCAGGUGGAUUCUCAGUGUUACCAACAGAACCCGAGCUCUCACAGCACUCCUCAGCGCCACUCUGGCUACUACGAAGUGACAUCACCUCCACCAAGACUGCGCGUGGAGACAGUCGCAACUCCUUCCCCGGACAACCCUCUCUGCACUGUUAUUCCACUGCACGGAGACGACGUAAGGAUACGCAUAGACGAGGAGGAGAGGGAGAAGGGUGACAUAGACAUCAGAGAAGACGAGUUGUACACGAGCAUCAUGGCGGAGGCGAUGAGUGUCGCUCCUACCAUAUCCGCUCCGGAACUAAACCUGCCGAGGGUGGAUGAUUCGCCGAGACUUGUGGAGCGAAGACGAUCACUGUCGUCACCGGCGCAUGGGCUGCACCGACGCUCCUACCAACUGGCCACACGGCGCGAGAGUUCAGAGGAAAACGAGCUGAAGAAGAAACUGGAAACUUGUUGCGAAGAGGAGCCAAGUCAAAAGGAAGCGACUCCGCCGAAUAAAAAAAAACCCUGGUUAACUCUAGUUUCUUAUGUUGAUGAACUUACAGUUGGCGGCCGACGAGACUCGCAAGGGAAUUACGUCGAUGGGAUCGGAAGCUUCCCAGGCUUUGGCCAAAAUAAGACUGUUAAAGUGCCACAAGACUGUUUUCCACAGCAUUGUUAUCAGAGGUCACAUUGCUGUGAUGACUGUAUGAACACCUGUCUGGGCCAGUGGUGGACCAACAUGAGAACCUCUGUACUGCAAGUGGUGGACACUCCAGCCUUUGAGUGGGUCAUCCUCGUACUCAUCUUUGCGUCGAGUAUCACCCUCUGCUUCGAGGACAUCUACCUCGACAGAAACGUCUUCCUCAAAACCAUUCUUUACUGGACUAAUUUCGGGUUCUGUUUGCUGUUUAUCGUUGAAAUGGUGCUUAAGUGGAUCGCAUUGGGGUUUUAUAGAUACUUCACUAGCUUUUGGACAGCUUUAGAUUUUAUUAUUGUUUUUGUAUCAAUAUUUAGUUUAUUAAUAGAAGAAAAUGAAAAUCUCAAAGUACUGAGGUCUUUAAGGACGUUAAGAGCUUUAAGACCGCUCAGAGCAAUAUCUAGAUGGCAGGGAAUGAGGAUAGUUGUGAAUGCGUUGAUGUACGCCAUUCCCUCCAUCUUCAACGUCCUGUUAGUGUGUUUGGUGUUUUGGCUCAUUUUUUCUAUUAUGGGUGUUCAAUUUUUUGGAGGAAAGUUUUUCAAAUGUGUUGAUGACGACGGAGAGCUUCUUCCAGUAUCUGUUGUAAAAAACAUUCAUGAGUGUAAAGAUAAUAAUUUUACGUGGAUAAAUUCCAAAAUUACUUUUGACAAUGUUGGAAACGCUUACUUAGCUUUAUUUCAAGUGGCUACAUUCGAGGGAUGGAUGGAGGUGAUGGCGGAUGCAGUGGAUGCUAGAGGAGUUGAUGAGCAACCUGAGUACGAGGCCAAUCUGUACGCCUACAUCUACUUUGUUAUAUUCAUUGUAUGCGGGAGCUUCUUUACGCUUAAUUUGUUCAUAGGAGUAAUUAUAGACAAUUUCAAUAUGCUCAAGAAAAAGGUAUGGGGAGUGUUAGAAAUGUUCCUCACGGAAAGUCAAAAACAUUACUACACAGCGAUGAAGAAGCUGGGCAGAAAGAAACCACAGAAAGUUAUAAAGAGACCUUUGAAUCAGUUCCUAGCAAUGUUUUAUGAUUUAUCAAAUUCUAGAAGGUUUGAGAUUGCAAUAUUUGUUUUGAUCUUCCUCAACAUGUUGACGAUGGGUAUCGAGCACUACAACCAACACCAUGCAAUAUUCUUUGUGUUGGAAGUUAGCAAUGCCUUCUUCACCACGGUUUUCGGCUUAGAGGCGAUGGUGAAGAUAAUCGGACUGAGGUAUCACUACUUCACCGUCCCUUGGAACAUGUUUGACUUCCUCUUGGUUCUGGCUUCCAUCCUCGGUAUUCUCAUGGAGGAUAUCAUGAUUGACUUCCCAGUCUCGCCAACACUGCUCAGAGUUGUCAGAGUCUUCCGAAUCGGCCGGAUAUUGCGGCUGAUUAAGGCUGCCAAGGGUAUACGGAAGUUACUGUUUGCUCUAGUAGUUUCUUUGCCAGCCUUGUUCAACAUAGGAGCUCUCCUGGCUCUGAUAACGUUCAUCUACGCGAUCAUUGGAAUGUCCGUGUUUGGUCAUGUGAAGCAGCAACGAGCACUCAAUGACAUGGUCAACUUUGAGACAUUCGGACGCAGUAUGCAGCUGUUGUUCAGACUGAUGACGUCAGCAGGGUGGAACGACGUGUUGGAAUCUCUGAUGAUCCAGCCGCCUGACUGCGACCCUAACUUCAACGAUCAGCCCAACGGAAACUGCGGCCAUCCUCUCCUAGCCAUCACAUACUUCACCUCCUUCAUCAUCAUCAACUACAUGAUAGUCAUCAACAUGUACAUCGCCAUCAUCCUGGAGAACUUCAACCAGGCUCAUCAAGAGGAGGAGAUUGGCAUUGUGGAGGACGACUUGGAGAUGUUCUACAUCCGCUGGUCCAAGUUUGAUCCGCACGCAACGCAGUUCAUCAGGUUCGGUCAGUUGAGUGAUUUCAUCGCGAGUCUUGACCCUCCACUGGGCAUCCCCAAGCCAAACAUCGUGGCGCUGGUCAGCUUCAACUUGCCGAUCGCGCGAGGCAACAAGAUCCACUGCCUGGACAUCCUUCAUGCACUCGUCAAACACGUGUUGGGACAUGUCGAGGAGACUGAGGAGUUCAAGAAGUUGCAAGACCAGAUGGACAUCAAGUUCAAGAAGCAGUUCCCAACGAGGAAGGAGCUGGAGAUUGUGUCCUCAACGAGGAUGUGGAAGAGACAAGAUAAGGCGGCGAGAACAAUACAGCGAGCGUUCCGAGACUACAAGAGAAGAAAGAAGGAGCAGGAACAACAGGAUGCUGAAGAUGAGAAUACUCACAACUCUAGCCCCGGCGGAUGGCAAGGAAAGUUGUCAGCGUUCCUGCACGUUCACCGUGGCUCCCGAGCGAGCAGUCGUAAGUCCUCUCGAGCCAGUGAUGCCAGCGACAUCUCAGAGCUCGGCACCAUGUGGCUCAACCUGCCGUUGCUGCUGCUCACCGGCACACAGGCCAACGGAGAGGAGGAGCCAGACGACGUACCGACAAGGUGA